CUCUCUCCUCUGUCUCUGCAUCAAAUCUUGAACAAGAGGAGGAAGAAGAAGAAAUUCGCAGUAUAUAUAUCCAGAGAAGAGAAACCCCAAAGGGAAAAGACAAAGCAACUUCACAAGAUUCUUCUUUUCAUCAAACGCUAAUCCAGUUCAGCCUACAGCCCACCAAAAAGAGGAAGCCAAGCCACUGAGUGAAGCGAGUUUCUCUCUGCCAAAGCUGCAGAGCUCGAAUUCAAGAAGAGAAGAAAACAGAGCACCCAUCAAACUCUGUUUUUCCUUCCCAACCCCUGUUCUUCCUCUUUCCCCAGGAGCUUCCCUAUUUGGUUCAGAGAUAUUUCUCUAGAAUCACUCAAUUUUCGUCUUAAAAGGGCGGGAAAUAGAAGAGUCUCCCCUGUUUUUGGAUUUUUAAGCCGGUGGUUGGGUUUUGAUUUACAGUCAAAGAGCGAGCAGAAGCAAAGAGAAACGAGAAAGAGCAUGGACGGAAAAAGGCAGCUAAAAACUUGAAGAGGGGUGGGCAAAGCUUAUUUGCUGGAGAGUCUCACAUUUGUCAAACAGUGGAAUUAAAAAAAAAAAAAACAGAGUGCUCUGCCAUCACUGGAUAUAAAUCCCCUUCAACACUUCACCAACUCACCGUAUCUCAGAUCUACAGAAUCAGGGUAAAAUCGAGACACUAAAAAUGUUGUCAGAGAAGCAAGCCGAAGAAGCCAUAGUCUCCAGCUUCGACGAAACCGUCCCUGUUUCUUCUGCUUCCGCCGGCGAUCACCUGGACGGGAAAGAACCAGAGCACGAUGAUGACGGCGGCGACCCUCAUCAUCAAUCCGAGUUUAGCCUCAAGAGCAUUUUCUGGCACGGUGGCUCUGUCUAUGAUGCCUGGUUCAGCUGUGCUUCCAAUCAGGUUGCGCAAGUGCUGUUGACUCUGCCAUACUCCUUCUCCCAAAUGGGGAUGCUCUCAGGGAUAAUACUGCAGCUCUUCUACGGAUUCAUGGGCAGCUGGACUGCUUAUCUGAUCAGUGUUCUGUAUGUUGAGUACCGAACCAGAAAAGAGAAGGAGAAUGUCAGCUUCAAGAACCAUGUCAUCCAGUGGUUCGAGGUGCUGGAUGGGUUGCUGGGUCCGACUUGGAAAGCAGUUGGCUUGGCAUUCAACUGCACUUUCCUCCUCUUUGGCUCUGUCAUUCAGCUUAUUGCCUGUGCAAGCAAUAUAUACUACAUCAACGACAAGUUCGAUAAGAGGACGUGGACUUACAUAUUUGGAGCCUGCUGCGCCACCACCGUCUUCAUCCCUUCCUUCCACAACUACAGAAUUUGGUCCUUCCUUGGCCUUGGAAUGACCACUUACACCGCCUGGUACUUAACCGCAGCAGCCCUAGUUCAUGGCCAGGAUCCUGGCGUGGUUCACUCUGGACCCAAGAAGCUGGAUCUGUACUUCACAGGCGCCACCAACAUACUGUACACAUUUGGUGGUCAUGCUGUUACUGUGGAAAUAAUGCACGCGAUGUGGAAGCCGCAGAAGUUCAAGUACAUAUACCUGCUCGCGACGCUCUACGUGUUCACUCUAACCCUGCCAUCGGCAGCAGCCAUGUACUGGGCGUUCGGAGACGAAUUACUCACCCAUUCCAACGCCUUCUCUCUCCUCCCUCGCACCGGCUGGCGCGAUGCCGCGGUCAUCCUAAUGCUAAUUCAUCAGUUCAUAACAUUCGGGUUCGCCUGCACGCCGUUGUACUUCGUGUGGGAGAAAGUGGUGGGAAUGCACGACACCAAGAGCGUGUUGAAGAGGGCACUCGUGAGAUUGCCGGUGGUGGUGCCGAUAUGGUUCUUGGCCAUCGUGUUCCCCUUCUUUGGGCCCAUCAACUCCGCCGUGGGUGCUCUGCUCGUCAGCUUCACUGUCUACAUCAUCCCUGCCACGGCCCAUAUGCUCACCUAUCGAUCCGCCUCGGCCCGCCUGAAUGCAGCAGAGAAGCCGCCGGUGUUUCUGAGGAGCUGGACGGCGAUGUACAUAGUGAAUGCAUUCGUGGUGGUGUGGGUGUUCGUGGUUGGAUUUGGGCUGGGAGGAUGGGCCAGUGUCACCAAUUUCGUCCGGCAAGUCGACACCUUUGGGCUGUUUGCCAAGUGCUACCAGUGCCCGCCGCCGGUUCAGGUGGGUCUGAAGCGAAAGGACGCCGCCAUUGAUGCAAUGCUGAUGAUGGGCUUCCCUCGUAAACUGAUCAACCAAACAAUCACCGAGCUCUUGAAAGCUUACGGUGGCAAUGACGGUUGGAUAUUUAUCGAGAUGGAUUCCUACAAAGCCCUCGUUGAAGCCAUCCUGGAGAAAGACGUCCCAGCGGCGGAAUGCUCAGAGGAUGACGACUUAGGUGGCAACAGCAACAUACUCUCUGAAGCUGGGUCCUCUAGUGUUCCACCACCACAACCACCUGUUCAUGAAGAGGUUGCUACACUUUCAUCACCACCUGAUGAUGGUCUAGACAGUGCGUCACAGACCGAGGCAGCUGUGAAUCCUCGGUUCCCCAUUCCUGAAUCUGAAUGCAGUGUCUUCACAUCCCCAGUUGAAGAAAGGGGAAAAGGUGCUGCUGCUGGACCUCUGGACCACGUUUCUAAGCUAAGCAACUCCAUGGUUUCAUGCUCUAUUGAAGAUCCAGGUCCAACUCUCUCCUUUGCAGAAUGUGCCUUCACAUCCCCAGCUGAAGAAUGCGAAGAUGCUGCCCCACCAGACCAGGUCUCUAUAUCUGUGGCUCCACCCCGUGAUGAACAUCGAGCUCCACGUCUCUCCUCGCCAGCAUGCAAGGUCUUCACACCCCCAGCAGAAGUAAAUAAAGUUCAUGACCGCCUGGACCCGGCUCCUAACCUAAAAAACGACUCCAUGGCUCCAUGCUUUGAGGAACAUCCAGCUCCUGUUCUAUCUCCCAUGAAUGAUAAGCAUAGGCCGCCUUGUCAUGGCUGGAGGAAGCGUCCUCGUUAUGAUGAGCCAACAAACAUCGCGGAACUUGAGCCAUCACCAUUGCCGGAGAAAUUGUUGAAGUUGUUUGGCAGACACAAGCCUAGGCCACGGAAGAGAAUGUGGGAUGUGAAGAGCUAGGAAUGGUUGUGAAAUUUGGUUGAGAAUACAAGUAAGUUCUGCUUUUUUUGGCUAUGGUUAUGUAAUGAUUAGGAAGUUUGUUGUAAGGCCUGUUUGUAGAUCUCUUGGUUGGAUAUGGAACAUGGAAGACGACUGUAGGAAGGAAUGAGCAGGUUUAUAGUGGUGUAGGGAGUUCCAGAAUACGGGAAUCAGGAAAGCUGUUGAUAGUUUUGUUUUGGCCUUUGGGAAACUGACCCAACUUGUUUGUGAAUUGUGAUGUAGGUGUAUGGUUUCAGCCUAACUUGUUUCUGAGUGUAUGGAAUUGUGGAUACAGUGUUAGUGAAUUGUUUGAGAAAACAUCUGAA